UCACGUCAAUAUUCUACGUCUACCUUUUUUCUUCCAUGGUUACUGCUCAAAAGUCACCGUAAAAUAAAUACACUUAUAAAAUAUGACAGACUUCUGCCUGGGGGAGCACAGAUCCAUGGUCAUUUAAACUGUGAAAACGCUUAGGGGUCAUGCGCACGCAUGCGCAUGCUCAGUAGCGCUAGGAAGCUCAACUCGCCAGGACACCGGGUUUCACUGACACAUCGUGGGAAGAUGGUGCUCGACUUGGACCUAUUCAGAACCGACAAAGGCGGGGACCCAGAAGCCGUCCGGGAGACCCAGAGGAAGAGGUUUAAAGAUGUGUCCCUGGUGGAUAAGCUGGUUUCCGCGGACACAGAGUGGAGGAAAUGUCGCUUCACUGCAGACAACCUCAACAAAGCAAAGAACCUGUGCAGCAAAAGCAUUGGAGAGAAAAUGAAGAAAAAAGAACCUGUGGGGGAGGACGAGUCUGUGCCUGAAGAAGCCCUGAACCUGGAGUCUCUGACAGCUGAACUAUUAUCGGCACUGACUGUCACCCAGAUUAAGAAGGUGCGUUUGUUGGUCGACGAGGCAGUGGAGAAAACUGACAGUGAGCGGAUCAAACUGGAGGCAGAGCGCUUCGAGUACCUGAGGGAGAUCGGCAAUACCCUGCACCCGUCUGUACCCAUCAGCAACAAUGAGGAUGAAGACAACAAGGUGGAGCGUACUUAUGGGGACUGCACUGUCCAGAAAAAGUACUCCCACGUGGACCUGGUGGUCAUGAUCGACGGUUUUGAUGGAGAAAGAGGAGCCAUCGUGGCGGGGAGCAGAGGGUACUUUCUGAAGGGCCCGUUGGUGUUCCUGGAACAGGCUCUGAUCAACUACGCCUUACGGAUCCUCUACAGUAAAAACUACACCAUGCUGUACACGCCGUUCUUCAUGAGGAAGGAGGUGAUGCAGGAAGUGGCCCAGCUCAGCCAGUUUGAUGAGGAGCUGUACAAGGUCAUCGGUAAGGGCAGUGAGAGGUCUGACGAUACCUCCAUCGAUGAAAAGUACCUGAUCGCCACGUCGGAGCAGCCCAUCGCCGCCUUCCUGAGGGACGAGUGGCUGAAGCCGGAGGAGCUGCCCAUGCGCUACGCCGGUAUCUCCACCUGCUUCAGACAGGAAGUGGGAUCCCACGGACGAGACACCCGAGGGAUCUUCAGGGUGCACCAGUUUGAGAAGAUUGAACAGUUUGUGUACGCCUCACCACAUGACGGGAAAUCAUGGGAGAUGUUUGAUGAGAUGAUUGGAACAGCAGAGGAGUUCUAUCAGUCACUGGGAAUUCCAUAUCGCAUCGUCAAUAUCGUCUCCGGUGCUCUGAAUCAUGCUGCCAGUAAGAAGCUGGACCUGGAGGCCUGGUUUCCUGGGUCUGGAGCCUUCAGGGAGCUGGUGUCCUGUUCCAACUGCACAGACUACCAGGCACGACGACUGCGCAUCCGCUACGGACAGACCAAGAAGAUGAUGGACAAGGCGGAGUUUGUCCACAUGUUAAACGCCACCAUGUGCGCCACCACUCGUGUGAUGUGUGCCAUCCUGGAGAACUACCAAACUGAAGAAGGCAUCGAGAUUCCAGAGAAACUCCGAGAGUUCAUGCCCCCAGGUUUGACGGAGAUCAUCCGGUUCGUAAAACCCGCUCCCAUCGACCAGGAAAUGUCCAAAAAAUCCAAGAAACAGGAAGGAGGAAAGAAGAAGAAGCAGGGGGGCGGAGACAAGAACCUGCCCAACGCCAUGGAGACCAUGUCCGUCAAUGACUCAUAGUCCAUUUACAACUGCUACCCUGAACCCCUACCUUGAACCCCUAACCCUGAACCCCUAACCCUGACCCUGUCAGACACAGACUGGUGGAAUACAACUGUCGUCUGCUGUCACUCAUUCACUCUCACUUCCUGUCACUUCCUGUCAUUUGAGAAUCUCCAUGUUGUGUUGAUGGUGGAAUGGAGGCGAGCUCUAUUCCCUGUGUGGUGCAUCUGACUGGAGAUCAUUCAUGUCAUUCAUGCACAUGAAUCCAGUGAUAAAUAAAAGGGAUCAAACCUGUUCUAAGUAGA